AGACUUGGGGAAGCUGGGGUGGCGCGGCGUCUGUCUAAUCAUUAGCAUCCUCUCUCGUGAUUCUGUCCAUUAUCCUGAUCCUCUGGCAAGUUUACUGAACCAUCUUUACCUUGUUCUAAUCUCGGUUCAGAGGAAGGUUGACAACAUGGUGAGUGUGUGAAGCAAGUGUGUGAUCGCCUGUGCCUGGCCUGCCGCGUGCCCCGACCCGCCCUGCCCCGCACUCACCUGCCCACCCUUGCCCGACAUCUGCUGGCUCUCCUGGCACUACAAACUCCCUCCGAAGUCAUGCUGAGGGGAUGGUCAUGCUCGCCCCUCCUCCCUGGGAUUCACUGAGGCCACAACACAUGGUGACCUGCCAGAACCUACACCCUCCUGACCUGUCUUCCCAGGCCUGUGACGCCCUCGUCCCCCUGCCUCCUUCUCCACUACCCUGGUCACCUCUGCUUGAAGUUCCUAUUACCGCCACUACCUCACCUCCACUAGUUUAAGGCUUGUGUGUAGCAAACUACCAGGUAUUGGACAGUGAGGUGCGAGGGAGAAAGACGGCCAGUAGGCGAACUGUGCUUGCCGAGUGAGUGUGGUUUUGGGAGCGGCCUGGCCAUGCUGCACCUUGAGGAGGGAGUGGCCAUGCCAGGUGGCCGCAGGAAGUCUCGAAAGCCUCAGAAAUGGGAAGACUUUGUAGCUGAUGAGGAGCAGCUUGCCUCCUUGGAGAAGGAGCUUGAGCAGGAGGAGGAGGCACGCAAGCUGAGUGUAGAGGAGAUGGAUGGUGGGGAUGACUCGGAUGGAGAAGCAGCACUGAAGAUUGUGGUGGAAGAGGAAGAGAAUAUUGUCAAGGAGGAGGAGGAGGACCCUCAAGAAGAAGAGUUGCUGGAGCAGGUAGAGGAGACAGUGGAUGGAAAGGAUGCUGCAAAGGUGGAGAAUGGGGAGGGAGAAGCAGUGAAGGGGGAGAAGGAGGAGACGGCCACACCCAGCAUCAUCGGGGACUGCAUCACGUGUGGCAUCCAGCUGAGGGACUGGCCUGCCACACACAGCCACUUGCGCUUCCACCGGCUCUCCCACGUGCCAGACUGCAUCAGCAAGAACAAUGCUCACACCAAGAGAAUCAACUGUCAGGUGUGCCAGCGGUCAUGUCAGACGCAGGAGGUGCUGGCCUACCAUGCCUACACUGAGCACUAUGUCAAGCUGCGCCAGGCCAAGACGUGUCCCUUCUGCUGCACCACCUUCUCCUGCCUUGACGAGUUCCUAGACCACCUUGACAUCACAAACAUCUCCUUCAACUGUGAGAUGUGUGGCAUCUCCAUGACACAAGAGCACAAGUUCUACCAGCACAUUGUCUACUGUAGCAAAAAGACCUUCUCAGGACUCACCUCCUUGCCAUGCUGUGUGUGCGGUGCUGUGACGAAGAUCAACCGUCUGUAUGAUCACCUCACCCACCACAGCACACAGCUCAACCUGGCCUUUUACCUCUCCAAUACCACUAAGGCGCCCAAUAAGCGCGUGGUGGAGCCAUGUCCCCCAAAGCAACAAACACGCUUCCGUCCAUUCUUGUGCGAGAUGUGUGACAGGAGGUUUGUGGUGUACAGUGAGUACAAACGCCACAUCCACUCUCACAGCAAGUCCCGUGCCUAUGUUUGUACCCACUGUGGCCGCAGCUACUGCCAGAAGAAUACUCUCAUUGUGCAUCUUUACUCUUACCACAAUGCCUCAGCCAAUGCAGAGGAGGUGAUGCCCAGGGAGGACACAUCACAAAGACGGUGUGAGGCAUGUGGGCGCAUUGGCUUUGCAAAUGAGGAGCUGCUGGUGCGUCACUGUGUCAUGCGCUGCCCCAGAAGGAACAACCUGCAAGCAUCCUUUGCUGUUAUCAUUGCCAGCAUUGCCAAGAACCAAAACACCAGCUUUGCAGAGACCCUGCGCAGCCCAACAAUGGUCACUUACCUCAAGUUGGGUCUGGAAGCCUGGCAGACUCCAGCCUUUGUGCGGGACUACCUUGGAGCUCUUCAAGCAGCUGCAUCCAGUCCAUCCAUGAACCUUUCCACCACCCUUGAUCUCACCACCUCCACUGCCAGCACCACCACCACCACUACCACCACUCGCAAGGAUUCAGUAGAGUUCACAGACAUUCAACUCCUGGCUUACCUCACUCAGUUUGAAGAGAAGAACCGGGAGGAGAGGGAACAGAUGAUGCAGAACUUGAAAACAAAGGGUGACAGCAAGUGGGAAGAAGGAAAGACCCUCCCUCCAGAUGACAUGGAGGAGGAAAUGGAGGAAGGUGGAGGGGAGGAGUCCUUGCUUCCCUUCCUGUGCACCACCACAUCCACCCCUUCCUCCCCUCCCACCACCUCCUGCAGCCCUCCACUGCCCUACCCCACUGCAGCACCACAGAUCAACCAUGCCUCCCUCAUGCAACACUUAAGGCGGGGCUCUGAGAGGCGCAGCACCAGUGAGCAUGCACAGGGUGGAGGCCAAGGUGAGGCAGCCAACUCAGUGGACAUCUGUCUGGUCACCUCCACCACCAACACUCAGGUCACCAUCACACCAGCAGGCCACCACCUCACUCAAGACAUCAGGCCCCCCAAGAUAGCAGAAGCCCUGACCCACAAGCCGUCCAUCUCAGAGAUCAGGGCCCAGUACCCGGGUGUCACUGUGCUGGGGGAUGUGGACUUCUCUCGGGUGCCUUUCCUCCUGAUGGAGAUGAGGGAGUGCAUGAGUGAUAGGCAUGAGAGGGCAAUGGAGGCAGCUGGCUUCACACAGCAGGACAUGCAGAGGCUGGAGGUGGAGGCUCAGUUGCUGCGGGAAGCCGAGCCAUUUUAUUUUGAGGAGUAUCCUAGCAAGGGAAACAAAGAGGACAAGAACUGCCUUGCUGCCCCACCCAGCCCCAUCACCCUCCAACGCCUCACUGCAGAGAUUGAUGACAUGUAUGAAGGCAGCAGAAAAGAAAAUGACAUGAUCUCCUCUCCACUAAGUCCUGAUUCUACUCAAAACAAGAUGAGAGAAGAAAACAGCCUUGACAGCAAUGCUUCCCAAGCACACACAGACUCUCCAUCCCACUCUCCUCAUAGAAAAAGAGCCAAAGUGGAGACAGAGACAGAUUCUAGAACCCCUCCUCCUAAAAAGUGGGGUGGUGGUGGUAGUGGUAGUGGUGGUGGUGGCUCUGCUUUCUCCUCAGCUGGCCAGGAAUCCGUCCCUCCCAAGCAGCUGAUAGAUCGACUACUCAGAGAAGCUCAGGCACUGGCCGAGGGCUGAGUGGUCGCUGCACAUCAUGACUCAAGUGUUUAUAGUUCUUAAGGAUGUUGUUGAUGAUCUGAAUGAGGCUUUACAAUUGUUGAUGCUUAUUUUUAUACUAUUGUAAGUUGAAAAGUUAGAUCUGAAUUUACCGGUGAAACUUGCCAUUCACAGUCAUCUCUCUACAUACAUAUCAAAUCUGGCAAUCAUAGGGCAGCUUUUGUCAUGCAUUCUUGUUGUGCAUUGACAUGUCAGAUCUGAAUCUUUUGCAUUGACCUUUUUCUCCAAUUUUUUUGACAAUAAGAGGUCUGAAUGCACACCAGUGUUCCUGUCAGUCAACAUUUUGUACAAUAAACAUCACACUGUUGC